AUGGCACCCAUCUCCGAGGAGUACGAAUUCGACGUUCGAAAAUCAAUGGGCCCAGAGAUCACCUUCACUGGAAUCGCACUGUUCUUGGUUGUGGUUGCGCACAUCUGCAUCUUUUACUUCAUGAUAUGGUGGCUAGAGACAAACAGUGUCGCUGAAGAAGGCAGUGACCCGCAGCAGCGCGAAGACAAUCUCGAAAGCCAGUACAUCAAGUUGGAACCGACUAUGCCGACGUCGCCAGGAUUUGGGGUCAGCUCCACCGGUAUGCAAAUUUGA